AUGGAGCGGCCGCUCAACCUGAGCUGCCUCGGCGCCCCGACGCCCGCCGGCAACCGCAGCGCGGGCACGGCGGGCCUGCCCGGCGGCCGCGCGCCGCUCUCCGUGCUCGGCGUGCUCGUGCUCACGCUCCUGGCCAUGCUGGUGGUGGCCACGUUCCUCUGGAACGGGCUGGUGCUGGCCACCAUCCUGCGCGUGCGCGCCUUCCACCGGGUGCCCCACAACCUGGUGGCCUCCAUGGCCGUGUCGGACGUGAUGGUGGCAGCGCUCGUCAUGCCGCUGAGCUUGGUGCGAGAGCUGUCGGGGCGGCGCUGGCGGCUCGGCCGCUUGCUGUGCCACGUGUGGAUCUCCUUCGACGUGCUGUGCUGCACCGCCAGCAUCUGGAACGUCACGGCCAUCGCCCUGGACCGCUACUGGUCCAUCACCCGGCACCUGGAGUACACGCUCCGCACGCGGCGCCGCAGCUCCAACAUCAUGAUCGCGCUCACCUGGGCGCUCUCGGCCUUCAUCUCCUUGGCCCCGCUGCUCUUCGGAUGGGGAGAGACCUACUCGGAGGACAGUGAGGAAUGCCAGGUCAGCCAGGAUCCGUCAUACACCAUCUUCUCCACCUGUGGCGCCUUCUACUUGCCGCUCUGCGUGGUGCUCUUUGUGUACUGGAAGAUCUACAAAGCAGCCAAGUUUCGCAUUGGGUCUCGGAAGAGCAACUCCAUCACCCCCAUCACCCCAGAAGCCCUUGAGGUGAAGGAAGCUGCCCAGCAGCCACAAAUGGUCUUCAAUGUCCGUCACGCCACCGUUACCUUCCAGACGGAUGGAGACACGUGGAGAGAGCAGAAGGAAAAGAAAGCUGCCCUCAUGGUGGGCAUCCUCAUUGGCGUCUUCGUGCUCUGCUGGAUCCCUUUCUUCAUCACGGAGCUCAUCAACCCCCUCUGUUCGUGUGACAUUCCCCCCAUUUGGAAGAGUAUUUUUCUAUGGCUGGGCUAUUCAAAUUCCUUUUUUAAUCCACUGAUCUACACUGCUUUCAACAAAAAUUACAACAAUGCCUUCAGGAACCUGUUCUUCAGGCAGCACUGAGCAGGAGAAGGGAAGUGUUCUCGCUUCCCCAGGAACCCGAUUUCAAAGUUCAAUGAAUCCUUUCAGCCUCUUGAGGAAGUUCAAAGCCACAGACGAUGCUAAAGCUUUAUAUCUGUGGGUCAUAUCUAAGACCUAGCAGAAGUCCCAGUUCCUACACAGACUCGCUGUCCCAACUUCCAGGUUGAUUGCUAUUUUUCUCUGCAAACAGCAUGCAAGGACUUCUCUGGCCAACAAUGAAACCUUCUUCCAGACCCUGACUGUGUCCCUCCCACCGUCAGCGUGACAUUCUUGGGACAUUGGGUGGCAGUAAUGCAGCAGAGGAGUCUUGUGGAAAAGAGUCGUGCUUGAAACUCUGCUUUGGCCAUUGCUGCCUUCUCUCUCAGAGCGUUAAUCAGCUUUGUCCCACGUGCAAAGCUGUGAUGUUUUAAUGUCAGAGGGCUUUGUGACUGUAUAUAAAAGUAGAUAUUUAAUGGUUUGGUUGAAAAGACCAAAGUUAUCUUGUCUUUCACAGGUUGAGACUGUCAAAUGUUUGUAUUUGGGGCAUAAACCCCUCAGUAAGGGUGAAGAGCAGACUCCAAAUGCCUUUUCUCACAUGCUUUAUCAACAGUGGAUUGUACUAUUUGCUGUUG